AUGGACUUCUUAACCAGUGUGGUUUUACUUGUGGCCAUUUCCAAUGCAUUUGAAUUUGGACUUGUUGCUGGGAUAGGCCGCCGUGAGCUGGCUGUUCCGUCUCCGAGAGACCUCGACGUCAGAGAUAACGACAUUCGGGACCAGGAAGAACCUGCACUACGCCCUCGCUCUCUCCAGCUUGUGCCUUCCGUGGGGAUACAGAGCAAUAAGUUGCUUAAUAAAACUUGCUGUCUGAAUGGAGGGACCUGCAUCCUGGGGUCCUUCUGUGCCUGUCCUCCUUCCUUCUACGGACGCAACUGUGAGCACGAUGUACGCAAAGAGCACUGUGGGUCUGUCCUCCAUGGCGCCUGGCUGCCCAAGAAGUGCUCCCUGUGCAGGUGCUGGCACGGCCAGCUCCACUGUUUUCCUCAGACCUUUCUACCUGGCUGUGAUGGUUACGUGAUGGACCAAGACCUCAAGGUAUCCAGGACUCCACGCCAAACACCGUCUGUGCCAACCACUGUUAUGCUAGCUGGCAUCUGCCUUUUCCUAGAAAUGAAAGUAUAGGUUGACACGUGAAUUCGACACCCACGUCAUAGCAGAGAUGUCAUUCGUCUUAAAUAAUGCUCACAGUGAAUCCCUAACAUCACCCCUCCAAACGCUAACUAGGCCUUACCUCUGCGUGGCCCCUCUUUCUGGAUGUGCUGGCUAUAAACGCCACGGUGUGUGUGUGACAAGUGCUGUAACUCCAUAGCCUAAAAACUACUCUAAAGGGCGGAGUGAAAAAAAAAACUACUCUAAAAAUGUGCUGUCUGC